AUGUCUCUUCAACGUUUUAGGCAAUUUCUUCAAUUUCUUCGAUUUGACGAUCGACAAAAUCGUGAUAAAACCGAUCGUUUGUCACCCAUCAGAUAUAUAUUUGAACUGUUUAUCAAACAACUUCCUCGACAUUUUGUACCCGGUGAAAAUUUAACAAUUGAUGAACAGCUAGUUGCUUUUCGAGGUCGUUGCUGUUUCGUGCAAUAUAUGCCAAAUAAACCGGCUAAAUAUGGGUUAAAGUUUUGGCUAUUAUGUGAUGUGGAUAGUCGAUAUGUAUUAUCAAUUGAUCUAUAUACUGGAAAAAAAGAUAAUAUAAUCCAAAAAAAUCUAGCGAGUAAUGUUGUUCUUCAUUUAGUUGAUCAAUUAUCAAAUGAUGUGAAACAAGGCCGUACCAUUACAUUUGAUCGUUAUUUUACGGAUAUCAAAUUAUCUGAAGCUUUGCUAGACCGAAAGAUGACUUCUAUUGGUGUAGUUGGUUAUCGACGUGUUUUUUUGCCGAAUGAACUUAAAGUUUGUCGAAAAAAACUAUUUUCAUCAUGGUUUUAUUUUUCAAAUUCACACAUGCUUGUUUCAUAUCAAGCAAAAGAAAAAAAAAGCCAAUAA